AGAGCUGUUACUGCGGGUUGAGAGCUCUUCUCCUGCUCACUAUAACAGAUGUUCAAAAUCUCCCGCCAAACUGCAUAUCCGUUCCCUCCGUCGCUAUAACCGGCUACCGCCGGUAGAACACUUGUUAGUUAUUACUCCUUCCUUUUUCGGUUCUGGUUUGCUUUUAAUUUCGUCAGCCAAUUCAUCAUUUUUGUAUCAAAAUGAAUCCGUGCGCGAUGCUUGGCUUCUAUGAGUUUUUAAGAAACUAGGGUUUUCAGCUUUUCGCUUUCGAAUCAAGACAAUGAGUGCUGUGAACAUUACGAACGUUGCGGUCUUGGAUAAUCCUGCACCGUUUCUCAACCCCUUUAAGUUCGAGAUAUCUUACGAGUGCUUGAUUCCUCUCAAAGACGACUUGGAAUGGAAACUCGUCUACGUAGGAUCUGCUGAAGAUGAGAGUUGCGACCAACUCUUAGAGAGUGUGUUUGUUGGGCCUGUAAAUGUUGGCAAUUAUCGCUUUAUCUUCCAGGCCGACCCUCCAGAUCCAUCAAAGCUCCCUGAGGAGGAUAUCAUUGGGGUCACGGUGCUUCUGUUGACCUGCUCUUAUCUAGGGCAGGAGUUUGUCAGAGUGGGCUACUAUGUGAACAAUGAUUAUGAUGAUGAUAAGCUGACAGAAGAACCUCCUCAAAAGGUUUUGAUAGAUAGGGUGCAAAGAAAUAUAUUGGCUGACAAGCCCAGAGUAACGAAGUUCCCCAUAAAUUUCCACCCUGAGACCAAUGAGAACGGAGGACAGCAACAACCUUCCUCUGAUCACCCUACUGAAACCAAGGAGAAUGGGGAACAACCACCUCCAUUAUCAGAUAAUCCUUCUGACGAGCAGAAACCAUGAACCUUCCAACCAAAAUAGAACUAUAUGCCAAAUUCAGCCUUUAAUUUUUUGUGAAGGUAUGUGGCAUUAUUGUCAUAGCAGCUGAAAUGAGUUAGACAGUAUUCACAAACAUAUUCAGAAUUGACCUCAUUUGGAGAAAAAUGUUAUCACCUUUAUGAUACUUGAGUGAUAUGUUGUGUAUUUUUGGGAUGCCAAUCUGUGGUUCACUGAAUUGAUGUUGUUUGUA